UCCUCUUUUACGCAACUUCGGCCGCCGAUUUCGAAAGCGGCCAAACGACUCGUGCCACUUGCCAAUAUCGGUGUCGUAUAUCAUUUUUUCCAAACAAUCGUUCUUCAGUACGAAUAAAAACCUCCCGGCGAAACGGUGGUGCAAACCAGCCGAAGACACUCCCGACUGUUUCGUCCACCGCGAGAUGGAAAGUUCCCCGUGUCGAUCCGAAAGCAACUGAAUCAAUCGACAAAAUGAAGUAUCGCCGGCAGAGCUUUAUCGUUUUAUUCGUUCUGUCUGGUCUGGCGACUCCUCGUUGCUCGAGCGAGGAGAUAACGCUGAGGAUCAACCUGGAAGAACCCGUCGCUGUGACUGAUGAGAAAUUUCUCAGUCUCACCAUUGAUCCAGUAACACUAUUAGCCGGGAAUGCGCUAAGCACGGAUUUCGAGAGGAGCAUAAAUCUAGCGAGAGCCUUGAGCCCUGCAUAUUUACGGUUCGGAGGACCACGUAAUUCCCUCUACUACUUUACCGAUCCGAAUUCUCAGGACGCCGAUGACGAGAGAAAAAUUGUAUCCGAGUCAGACUGGGUUCUGACCCAUCAAUGGGCGGAAAAGGCAGGAUUGGAUGUGAUCGCCUGCAUUUCGCCAGAGACUCGACAAAAGAGGUUCGAGGAGUCCGAAAAUGCGAGGGAGAUCAUUUCUUUCAGCGAUCACAUGGAUUUCAAUGCCAACUGGCAGCUGGGAUAUGAGUGCCAAAUUAGAUGCAAUCUAUCGGCUGGUGAUUUAGGGAAGCAGACGGUCGGCCUGCGAAAAGUAUUGGACGAAUACCCGAGAUACUCGAGCAGCGUCAUUACUGGACCCGAUGUCGUGGCUUAUAACAGCGUCAAGUACCAGGAGUAUCUUCGAGAUUACUUCGGCGUUGCCGCGCCUGCACUCUCGGCCGUCACGUGGCAUCCCGACUUCGACAGCGUUACUCUGGGAAACGGCGGAGCCUUCGUACAUCAGGAUAAUUUAGAGGAAGAGAAGGAGGAGAUGUUCAAAGUCAUAGGUCGUUUUAUAGAGAACAAACCACUAUGGAUUGCCGAGUCAAGCCCAGAAGAAUGCAAAAGCUCGUUCAUCGGAGCGCUCGUUUUGACUAGAAGGCUAGGAAACGCGGCGAAAUUAAACGUGAACGUGUUCAUGAGGCAACCGACCGACCUGACCCGACCAACUCCAGAUUACUGGGUUUCUCUUCUUCACAAAACUCUCGUCGAACGAGAAGUAUUCGACGCAAGGAUUCAAACUGGCAACGAGAAUCACGUAUAUCUUUAUUGCCAGUGCGCGAAAGCUUCCAACAGACACGAAAGAGGAUCCAUCGUGAUCUUUGGUGUGAAUUUGAGUCCAGAGGACAUCGCGAUUAAUUUCGAAGAGGCCGAGAUCACCACUGUUCACGAGUACAUUCUUUCGCCAGGUCUCGAUGCUCCUAACAGAAUGUUUGCCAAAACCAUUUUCUUAAACAACAAAUUGCUGACUUUAACCAACAACACUAUACCUGAGAUACGGCCGAAGAUUUUGAACGACACGAAAGGUGUGGAUUUUCAAUUACAAUCGGGUGACAUCGGUUUCUGGGUUGUUCCCGAUUUAAAGAUAAAAUCUUGCAUGAGAAGCGACGAAACAUCGAGAGCAAAACCCUCGCAUAAUUACAAAAACGUGGCGAACGUGAAGAUGCGGGUUAAAAGAUCUGUGCGUGAGCAUCGAGCAGCCGCAAUGAACGAAAUGAUGAACCGAAUAAACGACGGCUCGACGUUCAAGUCAAACGUUGAGAGAGAACUCAAGAGACUGAAGAGAUUCGUGAGAAGGAAGUUGGACGAUUACGAGAGUAGAUCGCUGUUAAAUAUCAGAGGAUUAUCCGACGAGAGGACCGGCGAUGUCUCGACGCAGCCGGAGGAAAACAUGCAGAAUAAAUUGCAGGAGUUCAAGAAGCGUCUCGCCCGUCUCAGAGGUCUGCUAACCUCGAGCGACACGAGGAUCGAAUUGAGGAAACCGAUUGCCGACCUCGUCACCGACGCCAUCUCCUUGAUGAUGAAGAUACAGAACACUCUGAAAGCCAUCAAGAAGCAAACCGGCCAGGAAAAUAGGAAAAGAUCGUCCGACAGUGUCAGAGAGUCUCUGAAUACUCUGUACGAGCGUUUAGCUCGCGGCAACUUGGACGAGCCGAUCGACAAUGAAAGGAGAGGGACGGAUCGAGAAUCUAAAAGGACCAGGAGAGAUCUACUCGCGGAGAUUGGAGGGUCUACGGCCUUGGAAAGGGACAGUCAUUUACGGAGAGCGGCCGGAUACGGCAGAGAUCGUAAAAGCGUGGAGUUGGAAAGCAACGACAGCGGUGGAAACACGUUCCGCGAACUUUUCGAGGCAAAUCCGGUGGAAGAUUUAUCGGAGGACGACGCGUUCUACGAACACUCCCCUCUAAACAGAGACUACGAUUACGUGUUCGUUGAAAAUUCUCCUUGGCGCCGCGAUCGUUCGAAGAACGACGAAUUAAAAAUUCGGAGGAAACUUUCGAAGAUGGAUUACGAUGCGGUGAACGAUCGUCCGUGGACUGGCCGCGAGAACACUUACGAUUAUCCCUUCUACGAGCGUGCAGAUCUCGUUGAAAGUUCAACGCCGUGGAAAGAUCCGACGGAACUAAAUUCGAAAGAGUCCAGCGAAGCGUGGGAGGAGCAAAUUUAUGAUCAUCGGGGAAUCAAUGGAUUUGUCAGUGGGGAGGAAUUUGACGUUGCGGAAACUGAAUCAAAUGAAAGUCACAAAGUUGAUAGAGACAGGUGGAAAGAAUUAAACGAUUAUCACGAGCCCGGUGACAUUGGUGUACGGAAUCACAGACCAGUACACAACCCUUUCAUCGAAUCUGAUGCCCCAUUUGUCACAGGAACCUAUAGAUCUCGAAAUAAUGACAGACUUGGCAAUGAGAAGGAAUUGAAAUUCGUAGGAACUCGGCCGAACGAAGAUCACAAAGUCCAAGACGAUAACGGUGGAUUAAGAGGAGCGAACGAUUACCACGAAUCCAUUAAUCUUCCGAAAAAUCAUAGACCCAUAUACAGCCCUUUGAUCGAACCCGGCGCGUCCGUUCUUCGAUAUAUAUUGACUGGACAGCCAUCGAACGAAAGAAAGAAUUAUUAUGCAAAGAAAAAAUCUCCCCCUGAUUACUAUCCAAGUUCUAUGGGGAAAGGACCGGAUUUCACGAUCGGAUCUGAUUAUCGUGGAAAUAAAAGAUCGAGGAGAAGGGACGAAGAUCUGCACGCGAUGUUCGACGAAGAGAUGAUCAACGAGGACGACGCGAACUCGAGGGACUGCAAGUGCAGGAUGGUUAGAAAUUCGAAAAGCUGCAGCUGCCGAUCGAAGAGAGACGCUGUUGAAUCUUUGGAAUCAUUGGAGUUCGAGGUUCAUCAAAUUCCAGUCGCCGGGCAACUGAGCAAGGACAUAGUUAAAUCGAGCAUACGCGAAGAUACGGACGUUGAGGUAUUUUCAGAAUUCAACGGGCACCCGUUCGAGAAAAAAUUGCAAACUGAAUCUUCGAGUCCGGGAAUUAAUGGAGAAUCAGAUGUACGAGAAUCCUCAGAAAUCAAAGAUUCACGCCUGAAACCGGAUCUCCUCGUUCCACAGCCUUUAAUCACUGACGAAGCGUACGAAACAACGUUUGCAACGCUGAUAACACUCGGGGAUCCUUACGAGAAAAUGGAAUCACAAACUGAACCGAGCGAAGGUGUAGAAUCUUCGGCGAUCAGAAGCAUAAGUUCGGAUCCUUCGAUUCGGCAGCCAUUGAUCAACGACGAACGCGAAGAGGCAUUCGCGACGUUGACAAAACGGAACCGUUUCGAGAAAGCGGAAUUGGAAGGCAGCUCGAAGCCAAAGAUCAGUCGUGACACGAUGUCAAAGUCUGAAUCGUUGAAAUCGGCUGAAACGAACUUGGAGGAUUUGAACGAAGACGUACUUGAUCGUUCGGACGUGGAAGAAUUUUCAGUGCUCGCAGCCGCGAGUACACCCGCGGAGAACUGGGAAUUACAGGACGAGUCCUCGUCGAACGUGGAAAUUGUACGAAACGAGAAGACACCGCGUUCGUCGCAAAUUGAAACGAGCGUGGAGAGCAAUCGCGAGAUCCCCUCGCUGCAAAGCAGAACGGACUUUGAAACGUCGUCGACUUCGGACUUGAAAGCGCGCGACGAGAGCACGUUUUUUCUCUGUGGGCCUGACGAGAAGAGGGAGGAGGCGGCGGCGAUUAAUACUGCGAAGUAUACUGCGUUUAAUCGCGAAAGUUCUACGCCCGCCGUUGUCGUUGGCGAGGAGGAGGGGAAUGCAAAGGAGAAAGGAGAUGCCGAGGAGGCCGCGGCUCCGGGAGCGGAAAGUUCAAGCACGACAGUUGAGGCGGUUUCCUCUUUAUCAGAGGGAACUAUCGGACAAGAAUCUGAAAACAAUUACGAUAACGGUAACGUUGUCGGAGCGAACUCGAAACGGGAGGCCAAACUCCGUGAGGCGCAACUCCCCCGUGAAAAAGCCGAGCUCGCGAGCCUCCCCGCUCAGACUAAGAGGAGAUUAAACGUGUUUAAGCCGCGGGCGUCGAAGACGGUGGAAACACUCAACGCGUUGAAAGAUCUGUUCCUCAAAUUAAAAGAAGAAACGCGCGGCACAACGUCCGCCGCAAGGCGGCGAUCGCGGAUCAACAAGCAGAGAAACGAAACGAGGCAGAUGAAAGAAUUGCGGAGGAAAUUGCGGGAUAAGAGGCAGAUGAUACUGCAGAAAUUCGAGAGAGGCAUCCGCGGUAUGAUAGAUAACACGGAGCAAGACCCGGAGUGGAGAAAGUUAAAAAGGAGGGAAGCGUGGGAGAGGAUCCGAGACAGUGAAGAUUUUCGAGAUAUGAUUGAUCGCGAGAAACUGGCUUACGCGUUGAUGUAUCAACCGGCCAAGUACCAUUCGAAGAGGGAGGUUGACUCGAGCGAAGAAGCCGAGAUGAUGGAAGUACCGGAAGUAACCGAGAUCGUCCGAGCGAGGAACGUUAGACGGAGAGUUUUUAAUCCGAGCGAUCGGGGUAACUUCCGCGACGCCACGAUCGUGGAACAUCCCGAGCCUGGUAAAUUAAGAAAGAAGAUUAUACAACUGGCCAAUUUGCAUCGGGGUGAAAAGCCGAGUAGAGGAAAAUCUGAGAGCAAGGGGAGCAACAACAAGGUUUAUCUCGCCGUGGUGGAGGACAUCGAGAGACCGCGAAUAUUUUAUUACGAGGAAGAUCCGGAAAACGAAGAAGAGAAUAGGGACGCGCAGGCACGCUCUCUCUAUAGCAGUAAGUACAAUCGGCCGCUACAGAAGCCUUAUCGCGAAAGUCUUAAAGCCGUUCAAUAUUCCGAGGAAGAGGAUCAGGAAGAAUCAGAUGAACUCCCCGAGGGCAGAGAAAUAUACAUAAUCGAUCCGUCCGAGUACAAAGGAGGGGAUCCACCGAUGCAAUUGUACGGAACUCCGUCGAAAUCGAGGAUUAAUUUGAAGAAAAUAAUCAACUGGAAACCUAGUUCAAGCUACAAGUCCUACGAAACGCGUCAACCGGCGCGGAGGCACGAUGAAAUCCCGGACGAGAAUUCCUCGGAUGCGAUCAUCGAGGAAAUUGUCAGAACUAUAUUCGACAACGUCGACUCUCGGGUCGAAAAGCUUUUUAAAAAAUCGGCGAGACUCGACGAAGAGGAAGACACAGACGAACGUGAAGAGAACGAAGAAAAUUACGAGACGAGUGCGCAAUCUUCGGAGAAAACUGACGCGCAAGGUGUCAGAUAUCUGAGGGAGAGUGAUCGAGAUGUUUCGGAGGAAGAAACGCAAACUGAGGAGGACGAUGUUUCCGUAUCGCUAAUUUCUCGAGAAAACGCCACGGACGCUAAUAUUUCUGUCGAAGAUUCGAAAGAGGAAGACGCUGCGCGUGUCCGAGAACAAAGGGACGUUGGAUCGAAAGAAUAUUUUACGCCUGUGCCCAUUUUCAUGCGCGAAAUAUCGGACGUAAGCCGGAAAAGUGAAUCAAUUAACGAUUUACAUCCGAAGCAGAAUUCAGAGAAGAUUCCAUCUGGGCCGAAAAUUGAAAAGGCGAGAGGACAUCUCGAGACAAAGAAGUUGUACGGUAAAACAUUGGCGAGUAUGAAGAAACAAAUUUAUUUAACGAGUAAAAGCGACGAGUCUAAAAAAUAUGAAAAUUUCCCGAAAAAUCUGAGAAUUUUAAGUUCCUUGACAUCGAAGUCGUACGAUCACUUUGGUGAAGUAGGUUCUGUUGAAUACUCGUCGAUCGAGGUGAAUCCGAUUGUUGGAGCAAGAGAUCUGUAUGGAAAAAUUUCCAAAGACUGCCAUGGUGCAUCAGACACCGUGGGGAUAGAUCCAGAAUUGGAUAAAAGUAAGAAACGUUCAGACGAUGCCUCGUACGGAGAUGAGAGUGUUCCCAACAUGCAAGAGCUUCGUAACGAAAAGGAAGAUAAAGAUAAUAAAGAAGUGGAUUUAAAGGAAGCACCGUUUUCUGAUGUACCUGAAACAAUGAGGGUGUUGCCAUGGAUAAGAAAAUCUAAUAGACUCCGAAGGGAAGCAACGAAUCAAGAGACCAACGAAAAUAACAAAGCGGAGAAGGUGCAGCCGUCUGAAUUGCAACAUCUAGAUUUAGAUGGAUCUUCCAGCCCGAGGAACCUGAUAUCUAGUCAGAUCGAUGACGUCGAGAAAUCGCUGAUUCAGAAGAUAUCACUUGAAAAAUUCUCGACUUCGAGAAGGAAUGCCAACAAGAGGAAGAAUAUCAAGAGAAACAACGACGAUGGAUUGUCGUCUCUUUUGCAGAGAAGCAUACCAAAGUUGGGGAACGUAGUGAUGAACGGAUUGAAUAAAGCGGAGAAUUUUACUGGAUCGGUGGAACGGUUAAUUAUGAAUCUGGAUGAGAAGUACAACAAAACUUUGAAAGAGGAGCAACGAAGAGAUUCCACGAGUACUAGGUCAAUUGGUCCUACUGAGAAUGUUCUUCACAAUGCGGUAGCGAAUGUGAAGAAGAUUUUUAUACUGCUCAGCGGGAUCACUAAUCUUCUUCAGGGUAAUCAACAGUAACGCGAACGCUACACAAUUUGUAAAAUGAACUCUGCUCUU